CUCUGUGCCUACACUACACCUAACGAUGAUGUCAUCUUCUUGUGCUAUGCCACAACCAUGACAUCAUUACUAUGUCGGACAAUGCAGAAGCUGUGAAGGAAACUGGUGAUGACUUUCCACUGUGGGUUCUUGCCAUUAUCAUUCCCUUGCUUCUGCUACUACUGCUGAUCAUACUGCUGUGUUUGAUACGGCGCAGGGAACAGCGCAAAAAGGAACAGCGAGCUGCGGCUGAGGAGCCGAAAGUUGGAACGGUGGAGACGUUUACGAGAAAACCAUCGGUCAUCGAGCGAUUCCGUUCCCGCCAGUCCUCGUCAUCGUCGUCAUCAUCUGCUCUUCCCUCACCCGGCAUGGAAAUGGACCCGGUCGUCACUGGUGGCACGGCUAUUGGUGUUGAGCUGGAUAAGACGGAACAGGCAGAGACAUCAACAGCAGCGGCGGCAGUGGCGGUGGUGGUGGUGCCGAAUCCAGCCAGCACAGAAGGCAGUGAUAGAAACUCCAUGACAGUGCGCGAGCUGCCCGAAGAACUGGAGAUCCUGAGCAAUCCUCUUCACGGCCCUGCGUUGGUGAUCUUCUCGGACAACUAUGAAACCGUUCUUGACGAGUUCAGGACAAUUCCGCUGAACAUGGCCCCGGAGUCGGACAUCCCGCCCGGUGUUCUCUACAAGAACAGGUUCCGCAACGUUCUGCCCAACGCACACACCCGUGUGCCAUUGCCGCUGCUCUACAGCGAACCGCACAGUGACUUCAUCAACGCAAACUUUGUGCGCGGUUACGGCCAAGCUCCUCGCAAGUACAUUGCCACACAGGGACCGCUGAUGGGCACCAUGGGUGACUUCUGGCGCAUGGUUUGGAAAUACGACGUGUCAGUCAUCGUGAUGCUGACUGGACUGGUGGAGAAUGGAAAGAACAAGUGUAGCAGCUACUGGCCACAGGAAGGUGGGCAGACAAUGGUGAUAAAUGACUUGCUGAUAACAUGCCAGUCUACAGAUGUGUUGGACGUCUACACUCUCACCACCCUGACCAUAUUCCAUUCCAAGAGCAACACAACGCACGAAGUCAAACAUUACUUCUUCUCUUCUUGGCCCGACCACGGGGUCCCGAACGAGCCCGACAUGCUGACAUUUGUACGCGCUGUCUCUCCAGCCAUGCGCUGGUCAAAGGCACCCACCGUGGUCCACUGCAGUGCUGGAAUAGGCCGCACGGGUGCCUUCAUCACUGUGGACACCGCCAUGCAAGAACUGCUCACGAGUGGAACGUGCGACGUCCUGAAGAUUGUGGCCACGGCGCGAGAGGACCGAGGCGGUCUGGUGCAAAACCAGGGACAGUAUCUGUUCGUGUAUAGGGUGUUAGGCCGCUUCAUCAAGCGCAUGCAAGGCGAAGUACCGGAGGAGGACGAAGCCAGCUUCUCUUCAGAGAUCGACAUCACGGUGACUGCUCCCAACGGCACCGUAUUCGACAGCCACGCAGUGCGGCGUAUGAGCACUGUACAGCGUGCCCUCAGCGCCAGCCAAGCCAACGACCAGGUGGCUGCUGCUAUCACCAUGGCUGCCUCCAGUGAGCUGAACCUACAUCAGCUGGACCAACAGGAGAAGGACAAGCCCGCCGGCAAUGCUGAAGAGAACGUCACUCCUAACAAUAGCGACGCCACUGAUGGAGCAGUGCCUGCUGUUACGCAUGUAGCUGAUAAAUUCAACAACGCUGUUGAUCAGCAAGCUCUCCACGCCAAUAGUCUUCCUGCACCACGCAAGAACAGCAAUAUAGAUCUGGCCAACGAGCAUCAAGUCACUCGUAUCAAAAGUACAUUUGAGUCCAGUCGCGGCGGCGGUCCGCGUGACAGCAGUAACCUCACCUACGUCAACCAAACUCAUGAAGACGUGGUGUUACGUGCACCCCCGCCCAAGCCGCAUGCAGCACCGCCUGUAGCGCCCAGAGCCCCGGCUCCCAAUCCUCCGAAAGAUGCUAACGAUGUGUCCCUGUCAGCUCCUGCCGGCACGUCCACAUCAGACUUAAACAGUGCAUCGGCCACACUUGUCUCACAGAUCGACAAGGUACUGGCUGACCUAGACAGUGGACUAGACGAUUUCACAAGUGAUGUUGCGUUGGCCUGAUAUAUAGCCUGGUGAUACUAACCCGAACACUGCAGGCCUGGUCAGUCAUCACACGGUGGCAGUAUGCUAAGUCGCACUGGCUAUCUGGGCUAAUCGAGAACAGCCACAGCCACCGCAACAGCCAUCGCUGGUCUGAUGUCCUCACAAAAAGCUGGCACACAUCGACAGAUUUUACCCAGUGUGCGGCGUAGUGUGCCAUUGAGCGAUUGAAACCGACCAUGACUUCUAAUGAUGCCUUUUAUCCUAGUGCGUGCUUACAAAACAGAGAACAAGUGCCAGUCAAGAUGCCGGCCCCUUCUGCAUGUCAUACUUAUUCUGCAACUGAGUUGAAGCUUUAUCAUGCCCCCCCCCCCCCCCUCCAAACACACACCACACACACACACACACACACACACACACACACACACACACACACACACACACACACACAUGUGCGAGCGUAAUCUAGUAGGUGUAAAAAUAUCAUAUUUUAUGUUCACAGCUCCCCUGCAGGACGCACACAAAGCACAAUAUACCGCCGGUAUGCCCGGAUAUACUGUUUCAUAGCAUUGCACGACUACUACUGUACUAGUAUGUCUACUAGUAGUAUGUGUACUAGUACAGCUGAACAGUGCACUAUUCCCAUGACAAUGCCUUGAGAGGUUUAGUUCUUGACCAUGUCCUCCACACUAACCUUUCUCGAAGACUGUUUUGUUUGUUGUUGGCAGAUCUUAGUUGCUGCAGAAAAUACAUGAAACCAUAUAGGCAUCGUUUUUAAUUGUGUUUUUCUACAAAAAUUAUUUUUUAUUACAGUUUUGAAUACACAAUGGCGACUCUAGUCGA